UUAGGGUGGGGAGUAGUCUUUUGGCCUUUUUUCAAAUGCCUUUCGGAAUUGGGAGCAACGAAACAAACAGGGUUUGAAGGCUUGAUUUUGAAGCUGAAGCUCCUAAAUUGCAGUAGGAAACAACUAAAAAAUUUGGCGGGAAAGGGAAAUAAAUUUAAUUGAAAUUUGAAUGGCGAACAAGUUGAUAAGCGAGAUGGGACUGCCAAGAUCCAUCGCUAACAUUUUCGCUGCUCGUAACAUCACUACAGCCAAGGAUGCCUUAUCUUUAACUGAAUUCGAGUUAAUGGAAUUAUUAGAUGUCGGAUUACAAGAAGUAAGAUCUGCAUUAAAACACAUAAGUCAGAUUGUCUCUCCGCCAUAUCAGACUGCACUAUUGUUGAUGGAGCAACAUGUUCAAAAGGAGCAAUCACAGGGACAUCUUCCCACACAGCUGAAAGGACUAGAUGCGGCCUUGUGUGGUGGAAUACCGUUUGGUGUGUUGACAGAGUUGGUUGGUCCAUCUGGGAUUGGCAAAACACAAUUUUGCUUGAAGCUCUCCUUAUUGGCUUCGCUGCCAGCACAUUAUGGAGGCUUAGGUGGCCAUGUAAUAUAUAUCGAUGUAGAGUCGAAAUUUAGUUCAAGAAGGUUGAUAGAAAUUGGAGCAAAAAGUUACCCAGAAAUAUUUCAUACAAAAGGAAUGGCACAGGAGAUGGCUGGGAGGAUUCUUGUCUUGCGGCCAACAUCACUCUCUGAAUUCACAGAGAGUGUGCAACAAAUUAAAGUUUCACUCCUCCAAAAUCAGGUGAAGUUGCUAGUGAUUGAUAGUAUGGCUGCUCUUGUUUCAGGGGAACAUGAGCCAGGACCUCUAAGACAGCACCCUUUGGGUUGGCAUAUUUCCUUCAUUAAGUCACUUGCUGAAUUUUCACGAAUUCCUAUCGUGGUCACAAAUCAAGUGCGAUCUCAAAGCCAUGAUGAAUCCCGCCAAUAUUCUUUCCAAGGGCAGGGCAAAGGAAAAAUUGUAGAGGACCCACCUAAACAUGAUUCUCAUCUUGUUGCUGCUUUGGGUAUUCAUUGGGCUCAUGCUGUAACCAUCCGUCUUGUGCUUGAAGCCAAAUCAGGUCAAAGGUUUAUGAAGGUGGCAAAAUCUCCAAUAUCGCCACCUCUUGCUUUUCCUUUUAACAUAACUUCAUCUGGAAUUUCGUUGCUCGAUGAUGAUGGAACGGAGCUAAUGGGGCCAGAUAUAAACUCAAUCCAUUGUCAGGGGCAUGAUGACAUUAUUAAUUCUGAUGGAGGAGGAUUGCAUUGAUCAAUUGGGAACAAAGUUCAUAUAUUACUCAAUUUGCAAGCAAAUGUGAGGCUACCCAUGAAAUUGGUGACUCAUUUUGAACUGUUCCAUAUUAACCUUUAUACUACGAUGAAAAGUCUCUCAAGAUAUGCACUUACUGAAUGCAUCAUUCAUCUUGGCCUGUAAUUGCAUUUUUUCAUGAGUGAAAGGAGUUGGGUUGAUGUUUCAACUUGGUCA